CAUCGCUAUCAAUCAGUCUUAUUUUCUAUUUCUAUUGCUCUCUUGCAGUCGUUUUUUACUCGCUUUUUCUUUUACAUUUUUUCAGAGCGCACCUGCCCUGCUAUCCACCUUUUGUCCACAGUUCACAGUUUCCAACUUUCAUCCUUUGAUCUCCCUCUCGUCGUAAUUAUAUGUCUCGUCUUGACUUUCACGACUUUAGCUAUCCUCCUGGUGUGGCAUACUCUCGUUCAGCCGCAGAAAUCGACCACCACAUGUCCAACCACCACCCUUCCAACUCUCCCACUCAUCCUGUGCCAGGAGAUCGACGCAUGCCCAACGGAUUAGGUGUCUAUCUUCCCAACACGAGCAGUUCGGCAUUAAUACCCCGCUCUAUUGGUAUUCAGCCAGACAAGGAAUACAACAGUAUUGGAAUAAUCCCAGAAGCAUUUCAAGUCGCUCCAAAUAGACACACAUCUACCCAACACCUCUCAUCUUCUAACCACCACCGUCCUCCUCCCGUCCCCCACAGCAGCUCGCCCGCCGCUCUCUCUAUAAAUACCAAUUACUACAACGCCCCCUCCGACGCUGAGCGUGAAGGGUAUCUCCAUCGCCAGCUUCAAUCGUUCGCACCGUCCAGCGAUCUCUCUCUGCCCGCCAACUCCAACUCCGGCCCAAACGUACUACGUUCUACUCUCUGGUGGGGCGAACUCGAACCCUGGAUGGACGAAGAAUACGCAAAACAGGUUUGUGCUCUGAUGGGUUGGGACCCAGUCACCGUCAAAGUUCCAAACGCCGGCCCAGAAGCCGCCGCCCCUCAACCAACCAAUAACUCUGGUUACUGCUAUCUCACGUUCCCCUCACCAGCUAUCGCUUCUGCUGUUCUCAAUCAAGUGAACGGCGGGAGUGCGCAGCCAGUCACGAUGCCAAACUCAAACAAGCCCUUUGUCCUUAACUGGGCUUCUUCUGUUCCUACCGGUCCAAUUGCGCCUUCUUUCCAAACAGCUGGUGUAAUUGUUCCUACGGCACAACCGCAGUUCCCGAAAGAGUACAGCAUAUUUGUUGGUGAUCUUGCGCCAGAAACAUCCAAUUCAGAUCUCGUGGCCGUGUUUCGGAACCCUGUUCUUGGCCUACGGAAUGAUCGUGAGCCCAAGUUCAUUCGACCGUUCUUGAGUUGCAAGAGUGCCAAGAUCAUGCUCGAUCCUGUAACUGGCAUAUCGCGAGGGUAUGGCUUUGUACGAUUUACCGAGGAAACGGACCAACAGCGUGCAUUGAUUGAGAUGCAUGGCCUGUACUGCCUUUCACGCCCAAUGCGAAUAUCUCCUGCCACGGCCAAAUUCAAGCCGCCUCCUAUGCCGACAGAUCUUCCCCAAAUUCAGUUUCCUGGUUCCCCUACUUCUGAUCAGCGGCCAAACCCAGUGACUGUAGCCCUCCCGCUCGGUGGUCAGCCAAGGAGCGUCUCUGCACCUAUGGCAGCCUCGACGAGCGCUGGAACUUCAUCUUCGUUGGCCAGCGUACCCGUCGGUCCCUCCGCUUCCAGCUCAACGUUAAGCGGCUCGAGCUCUAUACCUUCCCUUGGAUCUGAGGUCAGUACAACCGCGUCUUCAGGAGCCUUGUCUUCGAUGUCGUCGGAUGAGAUGCUUGGUCUCUCCGCCAAUGUCCUUGCCCUCGCCCACCAGUAUGCCAACGGUGGCUCCAAUAAUAACACCAAAGGCAUCGUUCCCUCUGGUUCGGUGCAUGACUCACAAGAUCAUUCCGCGGCACCGCGGUACAUCGUCUCCGAAGAGUCGUGGAAACACCACGCCCAAGCGCGUGCUAUCCUUGGCAAUCUCAUUGGACCAAAUGGCGAGCAGCUCACUUCUACCGACCCCUAUAACACGACUGUUUUCGUCGGUGGGUUGUCGCCUUUGAUUUCUGAAGAGACCUUGCGGACGUUCUUUACUCCGUUCGGCGAGAUUCACUACGUGAAGGUGCCCGUCGGCAAACAUUGUGGCUUUGUUCAGUUCGUGCGGAAGGCUGAUGCAGAACGGGCUAUCGAGAAGAUGCAGGGCUUUCCUAUCGGGGGGAGUAGAAUUCGGUUGAGCUGGGGUAGAAGUCAAUAUAAAGCUGCGCAAGCUGCUGCGCAGGCAGCCCAGGCCGCCGCACUUCAGGCUCAGUUCCAUGCUCAGGUGACAUCUGCGCAGCAGGCUCCUCAGAGUCAGAUGACGCCAGAACAGGCGAUUCAACUCUUGCAAAGGCUUGGUCUAUCAGGCCAAGGUCAAACGGGCGGUGGAAGUGAUGGAUCGAACUGCAAUUACGUCGAGGCUGCGAAAAGCAGUGGAUAUUCUGAGGAAAAACUAAGAUCGCUCAUCAUGAACCAGCCACUCUCUGAUAGUCAACUGCCGUACGAUGUGUAUCCAGGGGGGUCCGGACCACGCCCACCAUCAAACAUGAGUUCUGUGGAACACCAUAGAUCACAUCUCACGUCCUCGUUCUCUCCUUUCUCCCCGGACCCGAAUAUGUACACGCGGAGAGGUUCAGACAGCUACGAUCUGCUGCCCCAUUCCAUGAACCACGCGUCGCGCUAUGACAGCAUCAUGGAGUUCAAGGCUGCGACUGCCAAUUCCAAUGAGAGACCCGUUCCCCCUGUACGUACGCCAAGUGGGUCCCAACGAUAUGUUCCGUUCCUGGAUGGCUCUGCCAAGGCGUUUGAGGGUGGGCGUUGCAUGACGCGCCAAGAACCAAUCUCUCGGCCGAACUCCAGUCAGACAUCAUCACAAGGACGCUCGAGUCAAUACGAUGUGCAGGAACACGAUCCCAUCCACGAUCUCAAUGGCACGCUUGCAAGCCUGGAUCUGGACCAGCAUCACACGCAUCUGUCGUCGUCGUCGUCUUGAGUAACGUUGCUCAGAACGUUCCUCGCCCCCACCACGCGCCUCAAUUCAAAUGCCUCCUUUUUGAUUUCGCUGCUCAAUUUCAUCUCCUUGUUUCGUUUUGUUUGUCUGUUUGCCUUGGACCACGACACACUAUUACAUUGGAUCAUGAGCUGGG